AUGUCAAGUUAAAUGUCAAUGAAAGUCAAUUAUUUUUAAGGUUAUAAAUUUCGCAAUCACGGCUUUCCUAUUGAAGUCCGAAAUGUUAUGUAGGAAAUUCAAACAAAUAUUCUUUAAUAGGUCCAUGUUAAAUGAUAAAGUGCAAUAUUAUCUGCUAUCAUCACGUUUAUCGAAGCGAUGCGUACUGUUGGAUAGUUUAUUGACAAUAUCCAGAGGCGAACGGAGAAUGUCGUAUUUUCGUCUUACUCUAAAAGAUUUGCGUGUUACGAGGCUGUGGAAUGUUUGGAGACGCAAUUGUUUUGUUAGUGCGGUGGUGAAAAGAUGUAGGAAGGAUGUGAGCGUGCGCGAAAUGAUACAGGCAUUCAGGCACGCAAUUCUGCGACCAAGACGAACUUUACUAUUGUCGGCUACCGCUGCGUAUAAUAAUCAUGCAGAAGACAACGAACCGACGCCUAGCUGCGCCGAAAGUAUCACAGAUGAAGAACUAGAGGCUCUCUUGACGGAGCUGGACAGCGUCGAGGAACUAUCCAAGUCCACUCUGUUCUGCACGAGCUGCGGCAAAAGACUUGUCGUCGACAAAAAACAACCAGGCAUACGUUAUUGUGUGUGCAAAGAUGUACCCCGAAAAGACGAGUCGGACGGCUGGGUACCGUAUAUGGAAGCGGAGGACGUCGUUAUAUGGCGGAAAGAGUACAAGCCGGGCCAAGGAUUGUACGCGUACAAAGUGUACGGACGGUACAAAGAGGUUCGGGCUGAGGACUUCGCAGCAGUGCAAGUGGACGGCGCGUACCGGCGCGUGUGGGACACGGCGGUGGCGGCGCUCAGCGUGGUGGAGCGCCGCGCCAACGGGCUCCGGGACCAGGCCGUGCUGCACUGGGAGGUGUUGUGGCCGAGAUUAUUUGCGAACAGAGAUUACGUGUAUAUAAGGAGGCACAAAGAGUUCGAAACCACGUCCAGAUCUAGUUCACACAUGCAGUCCAUGUUCGACCCGCCCCCCAGCCCUGUACCACGAACACAAGUCGACACGCAGCGGCCCAGCGUGCACUCGAAAGCGAAACGGAUAGCCAUGGAGAACUACGAGAGGGAAAAGGACAACAAAUGUGCAAACAAAGUAUUCGUGAUAGUGUCCCGGUCGUGCGAGCACGCUGACGUGCCGGAGACGAAGCACGCCAUCCGCGUCUCGGAGUACUGGAGCCAUAUGGUGGUGAAGACCUUGAACGGCGACGAUAAGCCGGGCAUGGAGUUCGUGCUAACGUAUUACGACGAACCGGCGGUGGGUGGACUGCCGAGCGGCGUGGCAACCUGGGCGACGGGCCGCGCCGCGCCGGCCUACCUGCUGCGGAUGCGGCGCGCCGCCGCCGACUACGCCGCCUGGCGCGCCGGUCGCGCCGAUCAGGACCUCCCCGAUUACAUACCGUUUCGUCCAUCGAACACGGCAGGGGAAGGGGAGAAGUCCACCACGAGAAUUAAAGAGGAAGAUAUGGAGUCAUCCCGACAAGGUCCUGAACUCGAGAACUGUGAAGAUUCCACCCGUGACCAGGGCACCCAGACGGAGGAUCAGCGAAGUGCCCGUCCAUCCCCGCGCCUUCACAGUAGGCAGGUUCGGGUGACGGCUCAGAACACGUCCUUGCCGAAACCUGAUGCCAAAUCGGGAGUGACAGCGAACGCAUCACCGCAAGAGGGCGACACCGAUAAACAAGAAGAAGACAGCAGCAGCAGCAACAACAGCAACAGUAGCUGGUGGCGGUAUCUAUAUCCGUUCUACUAUUUUGUAUGAGUUGGUUCGAAAUGACCUCACGCGGAUCAUAAUAGGGUUUGCUAUUUAUAACCCGCAAAGUUUAGUACGCCUCUCGCGGUGAGGUUGUAAUAUAAACAGGCCGGGGGGAAAGGGAUUGUUAGUAAUGGAGGCUAAAAAUCCCAUUGCUACCAAUAUAC